GAACAGAGAGCCCAUGGGCAUUUGGGCAGCGGAGUGAUGGAGGAAGAAGAACACGAGGUGUACGGCCAAGACAUCCCCGACGAGGGGGAGAUGGAGGGCGACAUCGAUCCCCACGGCGCCGACGUCGACAUGACCCGCGCCGACGACGACGCCGUCAAAGAGCUCGAUGAGAUGAAGAAGCGGCUUAAGGAUAUGGAGGAGGAAGCCACUGCCCUACGCGAGAUGCAGGCAAAAGUCGAGAAGGAGAUGGGCGCCGUUCAAGAUCCUGCUAGUGCUGCUGCGACUCAAGCAAGUAGGGAGGAAGUUGAUUCUCGAUCCGUUUUUGUUGGUAACGUGGAUUACGCAUGCACACCAGAAGAAGUGCAGCAGCAUUUCCAAUCUUGUGGAACAGUAAACAGGGUGACAAUUCUGACUGACAAGUUUGGCCAGCCCAAAGGCUUUGCUUAUGUGGAAUUUUUGGAAGUUGAGGCUGUACAAGAGGCUCUCCUCUUGAAUGAAUCUGAAUUACAUGGCCGCCAACUGAAGGUAUGUGCCAAACGAACUAAUCUCCCUGGAAUGAAGCAGUACCGUCCGCGGCGAUUCAAUCCAUACUCGGGCUACCGAUUUAGGAGGCCCUAUAUGCCACCGUAUUUUUACUCUCCCUAUGGAUAUGGGAAAGUUCCCAGAUUCAGAAGGCCAAUGCGCUAUAGGCCUUACUACUAAAUGAUGAAUAGUUCAAUUAGGGUAAUAUGACUGUUAUGCUAGCCUGAAGUUGGGAGUCUGUCCCGAAGUUUUCUAUGCAAGUGGCACGGGUCCCACUUGAUAUCGUUACUUCUCUGCUUAUGAGCUUUGAUGAAUGGUGACGAGCUUCCUGUGACUGCGGUUUAUUUCAUGCUGGAUAUAGUUUAUUUUAAUGUUACAACUUUCUAUAUCUUCGCCAGAAAUAUGAUGCUUUGAAGUAUCUUGCAUUUAUGCACUUUGUCUUGGUUGGUCAACCAGCAAGUUCAGCUCUGGCCAGUGCUGUUUUCUGGGGGUUGGAUUUACAGGCCUUCCAAAUUCUCCUCCCAUUUUAUGUUGAAUUUUCUUUGUUAAAAUGCUUUUCUUGUA